ACCAUCUAGAACAGGGAGGUUAUCCCGUCAGCGGUGCUUUGAACGCACCUUUCGCCAACAAUGCCUGCGCCAGAAGAAGGGAAAGAGACUGCGUCCGGCAGUCACCGGCGCUUUCCGACGCUCGUCAUCGAGGCGGUCCGAGAGAUGGGGGGUCUACACGGCUGCUCCGCCAAGCAGAUUCUCGACCACCUCAAGAGUGAGGCCUCCGACAAGGAUGAGGUGGAUAAGACGCUCCUAUUGUUGGCCUUGAAGAGAGGCAUCAGGACUGGCACCCUGGUUUGCCGUGGCGGCCGCUACCGACUGACGGCAGACGAGCUAGCCUGCCGUAGGCGUCGCCGCAGUUGUCGUAGGCGUCGCCGCAGCUGCCGGAGGAGACGCCGCCGCAGCUGCCGGAGGAGACGCCGCCGCAGUUGCCGGAGGCGGCGACGCCGCAGCUGCCGCAGGCGACGCCGCCGCAGCUGCAGGCGCAGGAGGCGUCGUGUAGGCGCCGCCGCCGCCGCCGGCCCACCUGCUGCCCGCGCGCCCCCCCGCAGGAGGAAGCGCCGCUGCUCCGCUGACGACGACUGGUCAGAGGCGGCGUCUCUGGCCGGCAAGAAAGCGGACGGCGGCGAGGCGGGCGUCGGGGGCGCGCAGGACGCCGGCGGGCUCGUGCGCAAGGCGCAGGUGGACUAG